AUGUCUGGGAUAAAAAGGAAAGCAAACUUCAGUGAAGAGGAGCUGUCAGUUCUCGUUGAUGAGGUUAAGAAGAGAGAAAGCAUAAUUUUUGGGAAGCAAUCAAGACAAGUCACUACCCAAGAUAAACACUGUGCCUGGAGCCAAGUAGCUGUUGCUGUAAGUGGUGUUGGUCUCUGCUCAAGACAACAAGCCGAUGUUCGCAAGAAAUUUCAGGAUCUUAACUCUUCAGUCAAGAAAAAAUUGGCAGAAAAUGCCCGGGAAAUGAGAAAAACUGGUGGUGGAGAAUGUGACACUCAACCAUUGACCAACUAUGAAGAAAAUUUGUCAACUUUACAAAGUUCCACAUCAGCUGAAGGUAUUGCUGGCAUCAGUGAUGCAGGACAGGAUUAUACCGUAGAAGAACCAAACUGUGUAACAGAGGAAGUGGUCAUGGACACAGAUGAUUCGCAAGUGCUAAAUGUACAGAAAUCAGGUGAGCCUUCUGCCUCACCAAUUGAUCAAUUUCAUCCAUCGUGUUUAGGCCAUGACUACUCCAAAGCCUCAAUCUCUAGUACGCAUACAAGAAAAAAACAAAUGACUGCAGAACAUAAUACAACACAACAAGUGUUAAUGCUGCAUGAAAAUCUUAUAGAUGUUGUACAUAAAGUGCCAGCAGCCUUAAAGGACGUGGCUGCAGAAGUUCAUGAAGGGAACAAGUCCUUAAAGGAGGUGGCAAAAGCAGUAGAUGUAGGAAACAAGUCUUUCAAGGAGGUGGUUAAAGAAGUACAGGACUUAAACAAAUCCCUCAAGGAUAUAUCCAAAGGUAUAUGGGAGUUGGUAGAAUGUAUGAAAAAUAAUCAGGCACUAUGA